AUGGUGUUAAGUCGGAAUGAUAAAAGAAAAAGAAAAGAAGGAGAUUUGGUGGAUCUUAUGGAACCACUUUCAGAAUCUCCAAAAAGGACCAAAGUGCAUGCACAAAGAAAAUUUGCACAAGGUGCAACAACAGUAUUCAACCCUUCACAUACUCCCAUUAAAGAUAAAGAAAAAACUAAACCAGCAGUUAUAACAGAAUUAAUAACGCAUAAGCGACCAAAUACAGAAGAUUUUUUGACAUUUUUGUGCUUUAGAGGAACAUCAAUUUUACCUCCAAGUUUAAAUUUCUUCAAUGUUGGAAGUAAAAAAGAAAAAGCAGAUCCUAAGCCAACACGUACACAAAUAGAUAAGACAACAUCUUUAACUAGUACAUCUACUGAAAAUCAAAAACCAGAUACAAAUCAGAAAACUGUCACCAAAGUAAAGCCUGUUAUUACUGAUAAAAAGAAAGUUCCAAGUGCAAUAUCAAAAAGCAUUACCACAUUCAAAAGCACAACAUCUACUGUACAAGCACUUAAAAAAAAGUAUCAAGAGCAGCGUCUUGCUAAACAAAGAAUUAAAAAUAAGUUUAAAACAUCUUGUGUUAUGAGAACCAGAUCUUGUACAGAACGAACAUUGUUAAAAUCUGCAAAUAAGUUAGCACCUAGAAAAUUUCUUCCAAGAAUUGAGACCAAGAGACUUGGUUUACGAAGUAGUGUGCUUGCAGAUAAAACAAAAAAGGCUCCUACAAAAGUUAAACCUAUACCACCUAAACCAAAGAAAAAAGUUGUAGUAAAACAAAAGAACAGUGAUACAUCAAAUUCAGAUUCAUCUGAGGAAGAAGAAGAAGGUCCUUUAGAAAAGUCAGUACCACAAAUAAAACGCACAAUCCAAAAAAAUGUUCAGAAAAACAUGUGUACAAGAAGUAAAUCUGAAAUGAGAAGAAUCACUCGUUCUCAUAGUGGUACAAUUUCCCCAAAAAAUCUUUGUAGGAGGCCAACAAGAAAAACUAAAGAAGCAGCAGCAGUAUAUAUGGAAAUACUAGGACGUAAACUUGUAAGUCCUGAUUUAGAGAAUGAUGAUAAUGUUUCCAUGGACAGUUUUCCAGAAUUACCAAAUACACGUAAAAUUACUCAAACGGAAAAUGAAGUUAAAAGUAAAGUCAAACAAUCUGUUACAAAAACAACUACUAAAAAUAAAGAUGGCAAAAUUACUUCUAUCCAUAGUACAUCAAAUAAACGAUUAGAUAAAACUAAAGCUAGUAAAAUUGCUUUCAAAAGUAAAAGACUAAUAAGAGUUCAAAAGUAUUGUGAAAUUGACAGUGAUGAAGAAUCAGUGAGUUCCAAUGGAACUAAUAAUACAAGACCUGUUACGAGACGAAGUUUAGGAAAAUUAAAUAAACCUGUAAGUCGAUAUCUUAGAUCCUCAGCUAAAAAUGUAGUCACAAGAGUGGAAAUUCAAAAUAAUAUAAAUGUCAAAUCAAAAUCUCAGGUCCAAAAUAAUCUAAGAUUUAAUAAAGAGAAAUUUGUAAUGAAACGGAAACGAGAACAAAGUUUUAAUAAAUCAUUACCCGAGAAAAGCAAUGGAUUAAAGCAAAAAGAAACAAAAAAUAUUGCAGAAGAAAAUACUGAUUCUGAUGAAGAAACUUUAGGAAUGUUGCUUAACAAGUUGAAAAGAAAGAAAGAUGAUAGUGUGCAAGAAGAGAUUUCUCCUAAAAGUAACAAUCAUGAUAUUGUAGAUAAAGUUGAACAACCUUUAAAUGAAAAUUCAGCAAAAACGGAUCUUUCAAAAAUAUCAGAUGAUGAAGAAUCUUUUCGAGGAUUUACAAAGAAAGCAAUAUCUAAAGUACUAAAUUCUUGUCAAACACAUGUUAAUGUUAAUCUUUUUGCCACAGAAAAAUCCACUGAUAAAUUAGAAACAGCUAAAAUAGAAGAUGAACAGAAUUCAAAUGCAUUCAAUAAACAGGAAGAUAAAGAAUUAUUGAGUAAUGAACUUUUAUUGAGUACAGCUCCUUCUCCAACAAUUAAUAUACCAGAUAAUCAGUGUAUUCAAAAGGUUCAAAAGGAAAAAUCUGAAUUACCUGAUGAAGCAGAACGUCAAAUAUUAGUAGAAAAUAUUGAAAAAGAAUGUCUUCAUAAAACAGGGAUUAUCUCCACAAAUAUUAUAGAUAUGUCUUUAUCCACAUUGCAUGUGAGGAAAGAAAAAGUAAAUAUGUCAACUGAACAAAUUGAAAAAUGGUUAAAUGAAAGUUCACUUGCUAAAGAAGAAAGCAAAUUAGAAAUGGAAAAUGUAUCCACUUUUAAAUAUGAUGUUUGUGAAAAAAAGACUGAUGUAUCACAUUUAUCAAUAUCAACAAAAAUUCAACACUUGGUAAGGCCAGUAAAUGUUACACUUUCUAAAUUAACAGAGAAAGCUAGUAUAAAAGAUCGCAUGAAUUCACACAAAUAUACUCCGAUCAUAAUAGGAGAUCUGCAAUCUGAUAUAAAACAGCAAAAUGAGUUUACUAAUAUCAGUAAACAUAACAUAGAUUUAAAAGAUAUUAGUAAAGGGCGAAAUAUAAAAUCAAGCAAAGACUCAUGUCCUGGAGAAGAAAGUGAGGCUGUAUUAAAAUCUGAUCAAAAUUCAAUAGAUGGGUUUGUUGAAAAAAAAUUACCUGCAGAAAAGAAGACUAUAUUUCAACCAAGAAAACCAUUUUUACCAAAAGUUAAAGAACGUAAAACAGUAACUCCUAAUGCAAAUGCAUUCUCUCCAGAAAAUGAAAGUAGUGUUUAUGCAUUUGAGAGUGAUACUGAAGUCCCUGUUAGUACUCCUUUCAGACGUAAAGUUCGUGAAGCUAACAAAUCAAACGCGGCUGUUAAUUUAUCUGAAACAGAUACAAAUAGAAUUGAAAAUAAUGCAAAUAAGUCUGAGAAUAAUACAAAUAAAUUUGACAAUAAUGCAAAUAAAUCUGAAAGUGAUACAAAUAAAAUUGUGGAGAAAAUGAUAAAAGAUGAUUCAGCAGAAGUAAAAAAUAUGUCUAACACAACAUUGAAUGUAAACAAGUUUGAAUUGCCAAAAAAUUUUGCAACCUUAGCUAAUGUGCAAGUUCUACCACUGGAUAAAUUGACAACAACUUGGAGUAAUGUAAAUUGCAGUGCUUCAAUAGCUGUACAAGUAAAUCUUGAUGAUAAUGUACAGUUACAAGAACAAACGGGAGAAGGAGAAUCAAAUCAACAGAAAAGCACAGAAAUAUCCACUCAAACUGAGAGCAAUAAUGAAAAUGAUGAUGAGAAUGAUGGUCAACUAUUUUAUAUACCUUUACAAGCUGUCACAAGGAAUGGACCAAAUUUAGUUCAAGGACAACAAUUAAUUCAAGGUGUAGCUGUAAAGCUUGGUACUGAAGGGCCAAAUGGACCUAAUCAAAAAGUUCUUUUAAGAGCAAAAUUGGUCACUAAACCUCCGUCGUCAAUUGCUCGUUGCCCUCCUGUAGGCACUGUACAACCUACAACUCGUACUCCACCAAAUUCUACGCUUGUAACAGCCGAUCAUCCAGUAGCAUCUACUUCUUUAAAUGCAAUACCAGUCAUUACCGCAUCUAAUUCUGAACUUCCACCACCUUCUCCAAAUAAAAAUGAGAACAUAGUACACGCAGUAACUAGACAAAAUAUUGGAAACGCGUUAAAUAUAGGAACGGAAAAAUUACCGAAAUCUCCAAAAACCUCUAGAGAAAGAAAAACCUCGAUUGACUCGAAUAAGAAUGGCAAAAGGUGUCAAAUGAAAUCGAAACAGAAAGGGUCUGAAAUUUAUUCUCCCACUAAUAAUGUAACAUUUCCAAGUGCAAAAAAUGAAAACAAUGAGGCACGUUUAGUAGAGGCUCCAACUUUUCAUCCUAGUGAAAAAGAUUUUCAAGAUCCUUUAGAAUACAUAGACAAAAUAAGACCAAUUGCAGAGAAAUUUGGGAUAUGCAGAGUUGUACCACCACCUAAUUUUAAACCUGAAUGUAAAGUGUCAGAUGAUAUGCGAUUUACCGCUUAUAAUCAGUAUGUACAUCGUAUGCUUCAUAGAUGGGGUCCCAAUGUGAAGGAAAUGAUGGCUAUAAAAAAGUAUUUAGCUACACAAAGCAUAACAUUAACUCAUCCACCUUGGAUUGGAGGUAUGGAAGUUGACUUGCCUCAUUUGUAUCAAACUGUUCAAAGUUUAGGUGGGCUAAAAGAAGUUAUUGAAAAAAAGAAAUGGCAAAAAGUAGCUGAUGGCAUGAAAAUACCAAAAUCUGCCCAAGAUCGUGUAACUAAAUUAGACGACAUCUAUUGCAAAUACUUAUUACCAUAUGACACAUUAUCUCCGGAGGAACGCGGCAAAUUAUUUGAUGAAGUGGAAUCCGAAUGGAUGAAAAGGGAAAGUAGAGUUCUACAAAGGCAAAAUGCACCAAUAAGUGAAAAUGAAGAAGAUGAAGAUGAUGAUAGCUCUGAUGAAAUUGAAGAGUGCAUUGUAAAAGGUAGAAAUAUGCCAUUGAAUGCUUUUUAUCGUAUUGCACGAAAUACACAACGUAUGUGGUUUGGUGAAAAUCAACGUUCUGGAAACGAAACUGAAGGUGCUUCUGCUGAUGAAGUUGAAAAUGCAUUUUGGAAACAUGUUGCAGAAAGAAAACGACAUGUUUGUGUACACGCUGCAAGUAUUGAUUCUAGUGGACGAGGUUUCGGAUUUUCUGUUGCUAAGAAUAGUCCAUUUGCAAGACAUCCAUGGAAUCUGAAAGUACUUACUAAUAAUGCUGGAUCAGUGUUAAGAGCUUUAGGUCCCAUUAUGGGUGUAACAGUACCAACACUUCACGUGGGUAUGCUAUUUAGUGCUUGUUGUUGGUAUCGCGAUCCUCAUGGUCUUCCUUGGAUAGAAUAUUUACAUACUGGUGCUAAAAAAAUUUGGUAUGGUAUACCAGAUGAACAUAACAAUAACUUUAGAGAGGCUCUUUCAAAAAUGGUUCCACGAUAUUGUAAAAAUAAGACUAUAUGGCUGCCAUCAGAUACAGCAAUGGUUCCUCCUGAAUUGUUAGUUAAUAAUGGAGUAUCAUUAUGUCAAACAGUACAGGAACCAGGACAAUAUAUAAUCGUGUUCCCUAAAGCAUUUACGUCGAGCAUAUGUACUGGAUACGUAGUAUCUGAAAGCGUGUACUUUGCACAACCACCCUGGUUAGAAACUGCAGAACAAGUAUUUAAAGUAAAUAAAUACUAAUAGAAUUUCUAUAUUUUUUACCAUAAUUGUGUACAAAAUAGUUUAAUUUAUUAAUUAUUUUACAUAUAGAUUCUACCAAGUGUAAUUAAAAUUCGUGAAAAAGAAAUAAGUUACCGUAAAAAAUUAGAAUCAGUGGGACUUACAAACACAGAAAGAUUACCUUUACCAGAUAGUGGAAAACGAAAGAAAGGAAAAAAAGUAAAAGAAGAUGACGGUGACUUUGAAUGUGAAACCUGCAGAGCUAAUUUAUUUGUUUCAUUAGUCAGUAACUCACAAGAUGAUAGUGUUUAUUGUUUGUCACAUGCAUUACAAUUAUUUAAUAAGAAAAAGCAAGUUUUAAAACAUUGUACUCUAAUGUAUACAUAUAACGAGGAAGAAUUAAAUGACUUGAUUCAUAAGCUAGAAGAAAGAAUUGAAGCCAAAUCUAAAAAGACUAAUCAAAUCAAACAAACUAAAUAA